AUGAAUGAGAUGCUUCGUCAAACUCUUUCUUUUUCGGCUGCCAUGGGCACGUUUGAUGGCAUCAUUGACACAGUCUCUGCUGUGCAUGCAAUUUCACCCUUGAUUGACCUUUUGAAGUCUCAUGGGAAGCUUAUUAUGGUGGGUGCACCGGAUAAGCCACUUGAGUUACCCGUCUACCAUUUACUCAUGGGAAGGAAAUUGGUGGCCAGUAAUGCAGUUGGGGGUAUGAAGGAGACACCAGAGAUGAUUGAUUUUACAGCAAAACACAACAUAACGGCAGAGAUUGAGGUUAUUUCAAUGGAUUACGUGAACACAGCAAUGAAACGUCUUGCUAAAAACGAUGUUAGAUACCGAUUUGUCAUUGACGUUGGAAACACUCUAGCUGCUACCAAGCCAUGA